GUGGAAACCAGUUCUGUGCAGGGGCAAGCUCAGAUCCGCCCUGCUGGGGCACAAAAGGUUGGGUUUGGGAGAAGAGCAGGGAAAAGCCAGCGGAGGAAACACCUCGAGAGGAGGCUCCGAGGAUCCCCUGCUGACUCCAGGCAGAGGCAGGCAGAGGCACAAGGCAGCUCCUGAAGCAACUGGGAGCCCCUCUCCCCAGCGAGCUCCGGAGCCAUGAGCAGCGCCGUGGUCCUCGCCCACCUCCCAGACCCCAGCAGCAGCUUCAGGGAAGACGCCCCCCGACCCCCUGUCCCGGGGGAGGAAGGAGAAGCACCAUGCCCGCAACUCGGCAGCUCGUUUCUCCCCAAAAGCCAAAGCUUCAAGGCCAUGCCGGUGCCUCCUGCCCCGCGGAGGAAUGAGAACGGGCUCGGGGAGCCGGAGGGCAGCGCGUCCCCAGACUCCCCUCUGGCCAGAUGGACCAAAUCCUUGCAUUCCCUGCUGGGAGAUCAAGAUGGUGCCUAUCUUUUUCGGACCUUUCUGGAAAGGGAAAAAUGUGUGGAUACCUUAGACUUCUGGUUUGCCUGCAAUGGCUUCAGGCAGAUGGACCUUAAGGAUACCAAAACUUUACGAGUAGCCAAAGCUAUUUACAAAAGGUACAUCGAGAACAACAGCAUCGUCUCCAAGCAGCUCAAACCUGCUACCAAGACCUACAUAAGGGACAGCAUCAAGAAGCAGCAGAUAGAUUCCAUCAUGUUUGAUCAGGCACAGACUGAGAUUCAGACUGUGAUGGAGGAAAAUGCUUACCAGAUGUUUUUAACUUCUGAUAUAUACCUCGAAUAUGUACGGAGUGGAGGAGAGAAUCCCGCUUACAUGAACACCAAUGGACUGGGGAGCUUAAAAGUUGUCUGUGGCUAUCUCCCGACCUUGAAUGAAGAAGAGGAAUGGAGCUGUGCAGACUUUAAAAACAAAAUCUUGCCUUCAGUAGUUGGACUAUCCAGCAAGACGUUGAGGGUUACAGCGAAUGUCAGAGCCACGGAAACGAUCGAGAACGGAUACAGGUCCUUCAAGAGGAACGACCCUGUUAACCCCUACCACGUGAACUCGGGCUAUGUCUUCGCGCCGGCCACCAGCGCCAACGACAGCGAAAUCUCCAGCGAUGCCCUGACGGACGACUCCAUGUCCAUGACCGACAGCAGCGUAGAUGGGAUCCCCCCGUACAGAAUUGGGAGCAAGAAGCAGCUCCAGCGGGAAAUGCACCGGAGCGUCAAGGCCAACGGUCAAGUUUCUCUACCUCAUUUUCCGAGGACCCACCGGCUUCCCAAGGAGAUGACCCCGGUGGAGCCAGCUGCCUUCGCCGCCGAGACGGGGACGCUGCUGAAGAGGCCGGGCCGAGGAGCGGACAGCGCGGCCCCGGUGGCCGGGGACGGGGGGCUGCCCGGCCCCGGUGGGGUGCAGCUCCCGGGGGGAGAAGCGGAUCGGGCGCAGAACGUCUGGCAGUGGAUGCUGGAGAGCGAGAGACAAAAUAAGCACAAGACCCAUAGCACACAAAGCACAAAGAAGGCCUACGGCUCCGACUGCGCCAAGGGGGCCCCCGGCCGCCACCACCCGUGGGGGACAGGCAGCCACCCCCGCGGGGCACAGCCCGCGCACCCCUUCGUGCAGGACCCCGCCAUGCCCCCGCUGACACCACCCAACACCCUGGCACAGCUGGAGGAAGCGUGUCGCCGCCUGGCCGAGGUCUCCAAGCCGCAGAAGCCACGAUGUUCAACCUCAAAUCAGCAGAGGGACCGAAACCACUCCGCUGCCAUUCAGGGGGGAAGCUCCCCUUUCUGCAAUGCAAGUCUAACGACAGAAGAUCACAAAGAGCCAAAGAAACUGCCAGUUGUUCACACCUCUCAGUCUGGUGAGCUGGUUGUCACCUAUUUUUUUUGCGGAGAAGAAAUUCCCUACAGGAGGAUGUUAAAGGCCCAGAGCCUGACACUUGGGCACUUUAAAGAACAGCUGAGCAAAAAGGGAAAUUACAGGUAAGAAUGUGUGAUUUGGUUGUUCCUUAGUGUGUUACAGCAAGUCAAAAGAAUUAGCAGAUAUUUUGCAGAGCUGCUGCAGUGACACUUUGGAUUUUCAGAGGCUGUGGAUCUUCUUAGUCUCUCCCACUCAAAGCAGGAGCAACAUGGAGAUGGAGAGAGGUGCCUUGGCUGCAGGGCCACCCCUCCCUUCCUCCCCAACCUUUUCCCAGUUGCAUUAGGAGCUGUGCUCCAGCCCUUGUCCAAAGGGCUUCGAUAGUCUGGGAUGGCUUUGUGGCAAAGGCCUGGAGCAGUGGGGUUCAGAUUCCAAACUGGGGUCAGUGUUCACCUGGGUGCUGGCCUCCUGCUUUGCCUGCUGUUUAAUAAUUUAAUUUUUGAUUAUUCUUUUGCAAUAGUGUGGCCAUAAGUGGGGUCAGUGAGGGGCUGGGAUGGUGCUGCUGAGGGGCAUGGAGAUGGAGCUCACUCCCUUUUCAUUAGAAGGGAAAAAAAACCUCUGCCCUGCAGGGAGAGCUCCACCAACAAUACCCAAUUCCUCCUCAGAAACUCCAACAAACCCUGCUGGUCUGGUUUCUAGCUCCCAUCUCCCAGUUUAACCAGUUUGCUGCUGCCUCUGCUCAGCUGUGGCAGUUCCUUCACCUUGGCUCUUUUUGGCUGCCCUUUCCCAGUGGAUCUGGGCACUCUUGGGAUUCUCUGUUGGCCGCUGCUCCUGCAGGGUGAGCAGGAGAGGGACAUUCCAGCUGGUGUUUUUAACCUGCAAAUGGUCAUUUUGGGUUUGGUACAAGGAAUUCCAGCUCCCUGCCCCAUCACUGGCCUCUCUCAAGGUGUGGAAAGCCCAGGCCAGGGCUAGGUGGCCCUGGGCACUCUCAGGCUGGGGGAUGCCAAGCUGGGAUCUCUCCAUGGCUCUUGCACAGUGGGGCUGAAAUAUUCCAGUUCCUCUCCAAACCAUCUUUGGAGCCCACCCAGCUGCCAUUGGAUGGCACCAACCUGCAAGUGCACCCAACCUGGACACCCUGCAGGGUAGUCCCUGGGCUUCUGGCAUCCUUGUGCCAUUUUCCAGCCCCUAAAGCCUGUCCCACGGUGCUCCUCAUUUGCAGGCAGUGCCUCACCACUGCUCUGCCACUGCUCAGUGGCUGUGUAGUUCCAUCCUCCCCCAAAAAAACCCAACUUUUUUUAAUGUUUGUUGGUUUUCUGUGACAUUUUUCAUGUGAUGCCCAAGUGCAGGACUAGGCUUCUAAAACCUCUGUGGCCCAAAAGCCCCUCCAGGUGCAAUUAUUUGUGCCUUGUCGGACUGUAAUUACUUUAGAAAAUGUUUUUAAGUGACUGACAAGGAUGAAACAACGUUUUGCUUAGAUCUCACCCCUUUACACCUGGGUAAAGACAAUACAGAAAUUUAUAAAAGGAACUUGGGUACGUGCCCAGUAUUUUAUCUUGCACAGACACAAGGUGAAACUAAUUACACAAAUGUGUGUACCUCCAGGGAAUCAUUUUGAUCUAAGCUUUGACUUUUGGCUGGACUUUGAGUGAAACUGCGGGUGACCUUCAGGGGAGAGGUCCGCAGUGCCCGGAGUAGCGUGUGUGUUACGGGCAGGCACUAACUAGGCUGCUUUGGUCACAUCUGGCAUUGAUUUCUUUUUAAGGCACAUUUAAUAAGCAUGUCUUUGAAGCCCUUGCCUUUCAUUUAAUGCACAAAGACAUGCAGAAAUGCUCCACUCUCCAAAUUCUUUAUUGAUUGGAUCAGUUUGCGAGGCGGGUACCUCGGGCUCCCGCGAUGCCAGAGCCCCGCCGGGGAAGCGCUGCCUUGGCUUCCCCACAACCCCCACCCCCCCAAAAAAAAAUUAAAAAAAGAGAAUUAAGAAGUGAUUUAAUACUGAUGGCGUUAACAAAAAACAAACAUACAUGCACAGAAAAAAGUGGGUGGUGUCGGGUAAUCUGGGGAUGGCAGCGGUUCAGAACGGAGCUGCAAGGCCAGGCCCGUGUGCCUCGAUUGGUGCCAGAUGUCCCAAAAAAUAAAAUUUAAAAAAAAAAAAAGAAAAAAAAAAAAUGGAGCAAAGCUUGCCACAUAAAAUAUGUUUCAAUGGAAAGCCCAUUGCUGAGCAAAUAAGAGCAGAGUGACUUGUUUAAAGAUGUUGUGCGGAUGGAUUUUUUUUUUUUUUUCCCUUUUGCUUUGCCUCCUCCUUUUCUUAUUUUUCCUCGUUUCUCUGUGAAAUAAGGUUGUAAUUAUGUAAAAGGUCAUAGCAUGUUUUCUCAAAUAAAAAUUUUGUAAACACAGCCAGGGCUUCAGCUUGGGGAGGAAGUUCUUGGGAAGAGCGGCUGUUAUCUGGACAGGGGAGAGGGAAGGGAAAGUUCUUUGUAAUUCAUUCAAACUUUCCUUGGGUUUCUUGGAUUUAUUUCAAGGCUGCUGUCCUGGGGAAUUGUGGCCUUGACCUGCAGCAUGGAAGUUGGUGGGAGCUGGGCCAUUGACUUCCCUGAGUGCAGGCUCUGAAGGACUCAAAUAAUAUGUUUUUCCUCACUGAGCCAUUAAAGAUGCAACAUGUGUCAAUUCAUCGAAUUGGAAUUGGCUUGGAAUGACUUCACAAAAAUACAUCCUAACUGUACCUGGGCUAAUCAGAGGUGGUUUCAUGUCUUUGACUGAAAUGAGGGCAUCUUUUAUCCCCCUACCAAAAUAAUUUUGAUGUCCCUGAAAAUAAAGAGAUUUGCAGGGCGAUCUGGUUAUUUCAGAAGUGCCUCAUAAAACAAGUCACUAAAUAAAAAUAUCAGAUUCCAAGGCUCUGCUGUGGCUCUUCCAGUUUUAGCAGUAAAAGUGAGCUUCAUCUGAUGUCCUUUGGCAUCCUAAAGAAAAUCAUAAUUACAAACCCCUUUCUCCCUGACAAACAUCUGCCAACCCAAGUUGACUGCAAACUACAGGGGAGGGGUUAAUUUUUUUUU